AUGUCAACCACGACAGCUGGUAUAGACACGCUGCCUAAUGAGGUCCUGAUCCAGGUGCUCGAGCUAUUUAGCACCAAAUCACUGCUGCCUUUGGCUGGCACCUGCCGGCGGUUCUACGGUCUAGUGUCCCGUCUUCACUACGCCCGGCUCGUCGAGGCGGUUGCGCUCCAGGGCCACGACCUCAUCUUGGAAUGCUACCAUCCCAGCGCCAAGAUAUCCACCCCCUACAUGUUCUGUGACUAUAUUGAUACGGAUGAAUUUGAGAGCGCCGGCCUCGAGCCCACGCUGCGCAAGAUGAACGGUCUCUACUCGCGGUUCCGCCCCGUGCUCGAGAAGGAGAACCAGCGGCCGCGCGCUCGGUACCCCACGUCGGAUGUCGUCCAGGGAACGAAAGACGCGAUUGUCGAGUCGCCCUCUCUCGACGUUCAUCUCGACGCCGCCGAACUCUUUUCUCAACUAUGCACUGUGAUCAACGUCAUCAAAGUCGGGCCCAAGCGCGGGCUUUUCCUCAGCUGCGUCAACAUCAUCGAGAGUGUGAUAAGGAUAUGGCGGGAUUGGCUGGCAGAGCAGACAGAGCUUGGCCCAAGCGAGUCGGCAAGGACAGAUGUGUCACAUUCGUCUAUCCUCUGGACCGACUCUGCUCACAAUUUUGGUCUGCGACUGAAGGUCGUUGAGAAACCAGAUACGCCAGCACCGGUUCUUCUUGGGCCAGGUGAAGAAGCUCCAGUGUCUUAUGUGCUGGAAUACACAGAACUCAUCAUUCGUACGAACCAGCUGCUCCUCAGCAUGGAGAAGGCGGAGGCCCAGCAAGUGAAUCAUUCCAGCAAAGCCAUUGUGAUAGCUUCUAUGUAG